AUGGCUGAAGAAACUGCUACUGUUUCCGCUACCCCUGUGGCUGCUACGCCAAAAAAGGCGAAGAAGAAAAGUCCGAGUAAGAAACCGAAAGCGUUGCCGUCGCAUCCUAAGGUUUCAGCAAUGGUCGUGGAGGCUAUUUCUAGUUUGAAGGAACGCGGUGGCUCAUCUCUGCAAGCUAUUAAGAAGCAUAUUGCAUCACAUCACAAGGUAGAUAUUGACCGUUUGACACCUUUCAUCAAGAAAUACUUAAAGAGUGCUGUGGCGGGUGGAAGCCUGGUUCAGACAAAAGGGAAAAGGAGCUACCGGUUCAUUUAA